AUAUUUGGUCAUUGCCUCUCUUAUUUAUCUUCAUAAUUUGGUCACUCUAUAGAAGUGAAACAAGACCAGACGGUGCGGACCAGAGUUGAAGCACUCAUCCAAGUACUCUGCCAAUGUCGGAUCAAACAAAAACAAUCCCUUCUUCCCAUCCCAUUGUCGUCGAUGAUCCCUACAAGCGACUAGAAAUCACCCUCAACCCUGAUGGCUCGCUUACGCGUAACCCCAACAGGUUUCCCAACACGCCGGCCACACCUGAUCCGGACCAACCUGUCCCGGUUCUCUCCAAAGACAUCACAAUCAAUCAGUCAAAACACACAUGGGUGCGCAUAUUCCUUCCCCGGCACCAAGUGCUUGAUUCUUCUUUAGUUACACACAAGUUGCCCGUCAUAGUUUAUUACCAUGCGGGUGGAUUUAUCAACUGUAGCGCAUCGACAACAAUUUUCCAUGUUUUUUGCUCAAACAUGGCGUUGCAACUCCAAGCCGUCGUUGUAUCAGUUGACUAUCGUCUUGCUCCGGAGCAUCGGCUUCCAGCGGCUUAUGACGAUGCUAUGGAAGCGUUGCAUUGGAUCAAAACGACCCAAGAAGAUUGGUUGAAACAACAUGCGGAUUUCAGCGCUUGUUUCCUUAUGGGGACGAGUUCGGGAGGUAACGUUGUGUACCAUGCAGGAAUACGAGCAGCGGAAGAAGCCAAUGAGCUCAAGCCCUUGAAGAUCCAAGGGCUGAUACUACACCAACCAUUUUUAGGUGGAUCCUUGAAGGUUGAGUCCGAGUUAAGGCUGGUCAACGAUCCCAUUUUGCCACCAGGUGUGGGGGACCUGAUGUGGGAACUGGCGUUGCCGAUCGGGGCUGACCGUGAUCACAAUUAUUGUAAUCCAACCGCGAGAACGGGGCCAAAGCUUUUGGAGAAGCUGGCCUCCGUAGGAUGGAGGGUGUUUGUGACCGGCUGUGAUGGGGAUCCUUUGAUUGAUCGUCAGGUUGGGCUGGUCAAGUUGAUGGAAGAAAAGGGUGUCAAGGUAGCGAGCCAUUUUCGUGUCGGCGACUAUCACGGAGUGGAUGUUUUGCAGCCAGCUAAGGCCGAGGAUCUGUUCUUGGUCUUAAAGGAUUUUAUUUUAUCAGCUAGCUAAGCUACACCUAAAGAUGGUAUUGUCCAGAUAUAUUCCGAUUCGGAUUCAGAUUCAGGUUUCGAUAUAUUCUGUUAGUAACUUAAAUAGAUGCACAUAAUGCAAAGUAAGAUAAUAAAAGCGCUUUAUUUUCCCAGAA